AACUAAUGUUAACAAAUAUAGUUUAGUUAACGGAUUUUGACGCGGUUUAUUUGUUUGCAAUACCUGCUUUAAAGUCAUGGAUAUAUUGAUUUGAAUUUUGAACAAACGUUUAAAGCAAACAGUGCAACGCUACAUUCGUCGUAUGCUGUGUGCUGUUAUUUGCUUUCGAUAACUGUUUGAAACAUAUCGCAUGCGAAUUUGAUAACACCCCAAUACAUUCUAAAUAUUAAGAUGAAAAAGUCAAUACGUAUUUGUCUUACGCCAUGAUAAAUUAAUGAACAAACUAAUCUAUCAGUAACAAACUUCGGUAUUCACCGAUACGAUAUACAGUUUUCAAAUAACGUUCUGUUCAAUAGAUCUUUUGCAUAGGCUCUGAAACAAAUGACUACUCGUGAUAUAUAAAGAGAUGAAUUCUGCAUAAGUAGUGCUGGCAUUGCUCAGUCCUGUUUCUUAAGGGACGAUAUCAGUAUCGGAGGAGGAGGAUUACAAUUUGCAAGCGAGACACGCGGGGAAUCAAAAGCAUGAAGGAAUCUGCAACACAUCGUAAAAGAACAAAAUCUGAAGCCGACAGCCACAAAGGCGGUGAAAUUAAGGACAGUCAGAAAACAAAAAGCGGUACACAGUCACAGCACAGCAGCCAACAUGGCGGCCAACAUGGCGGUGCCCAUCACAAGGGAGACCACUCUCAUAAGAGCGAAACUGCUCGACAAAGAAAGGUUAGCCGAGUUGAGCACGGUCACCAUAUGGAAUACGACGGAGACCAUCACCCAUCCCACGGCUACCGCCAGCGAACAAACACGAUGAUGUCAAGGGAAGGUCACUCAACCCACCACGCAAGCGAUAGGCGAAGUGUUGGCACAACGGAAGGAACGCCUGCUAUAAUUUACUACGAGAAUACUUACAAACUGACGCCCGACUUUAAGAUCCAAGAGAGUAAAAUCAAAGACAUUAUCAAGAAUGUUUUAGCGGAACAGAUCACAGAAAAGAAUUACGAUGCAAGCCAUUGUGGUUCCAAGUGCAAGUUGAUAAGUGAAAUCAUGAAAGAACGAGUGAAGAAAUUAGAGCUGCCGAGAUUCAAAAUAGUUUGUAUGGCAACGAUUGGUCAGCUGUUCGACCAGUCUAUGUUGGUGACGUCACGAUGUCUGUGGGACCAACGCUUUGAUAACGUAGUAAGCGCAGAGCUGAGGAAGGGGGAUAUUGUUGCUGUUGGAAUGGUGUUUGCCGUGUACGCCGAAUAAAAUACAUAUAUUUUGCUAUUAAAGACACUAAAUAUCCGCUGUGAUUAAGAAAUACGCAGUUGCAGCUUUUGAAUAUGCUUUUGCAUACACCGCAUGGCCUUGUAUUGUUGUCAAUAAUAGUGUUAAUUAUUUCGUAUGAGUAACAUAUCGGGGUGGUGUUUUGUUUAUUAAAUACUUGAAUAAAACGGCAAUUGUU